CGUCACUAUAGUAUGUUUUUGGAAUAAUUGUAUUCGAGAAAAUGGGGGAAGACGUAGAUUGUCUGCAUGCAACUCGAACAUGGAUUUGAACCAGUUUAAAUGUUUCAUAUGUUCUAAGAUUGGAUUGGACCCCACUAUAAGUACCGUAAAUAUAAGCUUUAAAUAUGACAUGAGUGGAGAAUUGCUUGCCUUUCCUGCUGAGGAUGAUGAGGCUAUAGAUUCUAUGUGGGAGCAUUCAAAGUCCACCCAAAUUCCCUCUUUGGAGUUAUACGUAGAAGAAGUACCCUUAGGGAAUGUAGUUGCUUCUAAUCCUACUCCUACCUCUAUGCUUAUAUUAUGCUUAUAUUAACUCAGGAAACUGUAAAUCCCGUCGUUUCUUCCGCAUCUUGUACUUUUCUCAACCCCCUACGAAUCAAGUUACAAUUGAUUCAAUGGUUAACUUAGGAGAAACUGCUGAGAUGGGACCUUAGGAUGAUGGAAAUGAGAGUAAUGAGCUCAUUGACAAUCCUUCUGAGGACGAUUUGGAUGUCGACGAGGAUGCGCUAGCAAAUGGCAUGACUCUAGGCAACAUUCCUACAAUCAUUCCUCCUACACCUUAUUCCCUAUGUCCACCUUUAGACGAGUAUGAGGAGGACAACUCAUGGAGGACUUAAGCUUGUGAUACAACUUACAUCGAAGACGGAGAGUUGGAGAAGGGUAUGAUGUUUGAUAGCAAGGAAGCGUUGUUGGAAGCUAUCGGAGUGUAUCAUAUUCAUAGAAAUGUGGAGUAUAGAACGGAGACCUCAAACCAAACUGUCCUUACCUUGAAGUGUAAGCGGGGCUAUUCGUGGAGACUUAGGGCUAUGUUUGAUUCAUAUUUAUCUUCAUGGCGUAUUGUUAUGUAUAAGGGUAAGCAUGGUUCUUGUGUUUUGGUUAGUGACACUGUUUCGGCUGGACACAUUCACUUGACAUCUUCUGUCAUUAACAAUGUCAUUAGAUAUUGUGUUGCUAAAGACCCAUCCAUUAAGGUGUCUGUCGUACGGCAUAUGGUUAAAGAUCGUUUUGGUGUGGAUGUGAAUUAUAAGCGAGCGUGGUGUGCUAAGCAACAAGCGUUGUUGUCCAUAUACGAGACUUAGGAAGGUUCUUACUCACUCCUUCCACGCUUUUUAAAAGCUUUGCAACAUUCCUACCCGGGCUUAGUACUUGAGUGGUUUUUUAAGGAGGACAGUGACACGGGUGUAUAUGUGCGACCUAAUAUUGAGGACGAUCGAUAAGAGGUCAUGGCCGCAAUACACGGGCUUUGAACUUAGACAUGAUCCCGAUCAAAUUCGUGGUAAAGGGAGGCCUAAGUCUAGGAGAAUUACCAACGAAAUGGAUGAGGGUAGAAAGAAACGAAUUAAUUGUCAUCGUUAUGGGAGCGAUGGUCACAACACUAGAACCUGUAACUCCAGCUAAAGCUAUUGCGAACACAUCAGUAGAGGAGAUGGAUCCAGCAGCUCCAGGACCCCAAGACCCUAGUAUGUUAACUAUGCAGCAUGAGCACAAGAGUACUCCUCUUUGGGAUGCCCAGGUGUCCAAUACAGACACAUUAGGCACUAGGCAUCCAGAUUCCGUUCCAUGGGUGAUCGAUGAUAGGAUCAUCCCAUACCUGAAGCUCACGAGGUUGUAUGACUUUCACCUCGUUGCAUACGGCAGAGCUGACUGUGCCAUUAUCACAACACUGGUCGAGAGAUGGCGUCAAGAGACACACACAUUUCAUCUCCUUUUAGGUGAGGCUAUCAUCACACUGCUUGAUGUAGCCUUACUAACACGGCUUCCCAUCGAGGGACGUGCCGUGUGUACAGCCGAAGGCCAGCUAUCAAGCUGGCGUGACAUGGUGCACCGCAUACUGGGAGAGCGCCCUCCAGCGGAAGUGUUCAAGGGGAGCGGUUUGCGCUGCACAUGGUUGGUUCAGACCUUAUCUCCCCGAAGAUGCUGAUGAAGGCACCAUUGUGAGGUACGCCCUAUAUUUGAUAGGAGCUGUCUUGUUUGCCGAUAAAACAAGCAACCAAAUACAACUCCUAUAUUUGACUUUACUUGACAAACCACGGGAGCGCAUCGCCGAGUAUAGCUGGGGCUCCGCAGCUUAGGAUACUUAUAGAGGAGGCUAUGUGGUGCUGCCUACAAGAACGUCAAGGAGAUUGCGGGACCAUUAGUCAUAUUACAGUUGUGGGCAUGAGAGCAUAUUCUUAUCGGCCAACCUUACAGAACUGUUGGUCGUGGUGAUGCCGCUCCUCCGCAACAACCCCCACCAGAUGCUACGUAUGGUUCAAGGUGGAAUUUUGCACGCCAGACGCGCAAGCACACUGGAACCGGUCUCGGAUUCUACCGAUAUCAGUUAGACCUGCUACGACCCAACCAGGCACAAGGUGCGGCAGCGGUGAUGCGGUACAGCUACGAGGAGCCGGUGAGGGAGAUUGCGCAAGGCAUGCUUGUCGGCACGCAGUUCCAGCACUUCAUACCGAAAGUCGCUGCAGAGUCCUCACCGGCUACCACCCAUACGCACGUCUCAUCUCAUCUCAUGCUUAUGACUAUCAUUUGGAGGAGAUGGACCUUUCAUACCUCGUUGACGUUGCGUGGACCUCGCAGGCUGGGCCAUCGCAGCCAUCACAGUACCAAUCCCCUCCACUGCCAGAGCGACACCUGAACGCCUCUUACUACCGUGGGAGGCGUAGGAGACCAACUCAGUUGGAUAGGGUAGAUGAGGGUCGAGAGCGUUAGUAUUUCGCUUUUGUGUAUUUAGAUCGACAAUGUAUAUUCAUAUAUAUAUAUAUAUGUUUAUUUAGUUGUAUAUUUCAAACAUUUAUAUGUAUUUAGUUGUAUAUAUGUUUAUUUACUUUAUCAUAGCCUCCA